AUGCCCGCAUCCAGCGUGACGAAGAAGGACAUGCAGGAUCGCCUCCGGGAGCAGGGCGAGAAUCCGCCUACGUCCUGGACCAAAGUGCAGCUGUCAGCACGCUUGGCGGAGUUGGCAGCCGAGGCGGGGCCAGCCUCAACAUCAACGACCGAGCGCGAUGUAGUGAAGAAGAUCAACCAGUGCAAGCGGAAGGCAGAUCUGCAAGACUUGCUGAGACAGAACCAGGUGGAGUUCACGACUUCCCAGACGAUGGACAUUCUCAAGAGCAAGAUCUACCGUCACUUAAUGGAGACGGAGGUGACCCCAACGGGCAAGGAGAACAUGGGCUUCGGGAAGCAUGCGGAGAUGACCUUCGAACAGGUGUUGGUGGAGAAGCCCGAGUACACCAAGUGGUGUGUGAGCACAGCAGUGGAGAAUCCAGAGAGUUACUGGCGCCUGCUUCGAUUUGCGCGGUGGGCACAGGGGAUCUCCAAGACGGAGAAAGAAGGAAUGCGAGUUCGACUGGGAAGCUCAUGGUCAACAGCUUAUCCGGCGAAGGCAACCAUGCCACAGCGAACAGUGGCUCCCAGCGGGGCGUCCGGUUCAGAGGCAUCCUGGGAUUUGGCACAUCCUCCCAGUCACGAUCUGGAGAUGGUUCCAGACCAGGCCAUGAAUCGGAUCAAGGAGCUCGAGGAGGAAUUGAUCCGCCUUCGUCAGGAGAUGAUCAACCGCGAGACUCUGACCCACAAGACUCCCGACCAGCAGAAGUCAAGGGCCACCAGUUGGAGAUUAGCUAGCAAGGAUGGAGCGUUGAUUCAGAACAUGUCCUUGCAGUGUGAUCAGAAGCAUGAUUGCUUUGCAGCAUCUGAUGCUGCACCAGGCUCUGAGGAGACUCCUUCGGAGGGCAUUCAGGACAUUCCCCGGGAGACGCGGAAGCGCAUUUUCCAGAAUCUGCGCAAGAUUCACACUGCCACAGGAUGUUUCAGAAGCAAUCAGCUUGAUAAGUACCUCGCGGAACGGACCAUUGAGGUUCAGCACAUCCCAGCUGAGGCUCACUGGCAGAACUCUUUGGUGGAGCGGUCAGUGCAAACAGUCAAAGAGAUGAUGUCUGCUUUGGUGUCAGAGCAGCCAACCAUGACAGCUUCGGAAGCGUUCUAUAGGUCUUUGUGGGCAUGCAACAAUCGGGACCAGUACCAUGGAUAUAGUCCUCUUCAGCAUGCUUUUGGAAGGGCGCCUGAUGAGUUGGGACAUUUGGGAGAGAGUGUUCUCAAGGAUAUUCCGAUCCUUACAGAGCAUGGUGUGUCAGCUGAGUUUGGAACUGAUGUGAAGGCAAUGAUGACAGCUGAACAAGCAUUCCUGAAGGAGCAAGCCAAGGAACGUCUGCGACGAGCAGAGUUGUCUGGCAACAGGCCCAUGAAGAACGUGAGCCCAGGAGACUUGGUCUACGUGUGGCGCCGUAUGACACCGCGCCAGGACGGUCAGCGACAUUUCAAAGGAGGGAAGUUUGUGGGUCCCUACAGGGUUCUUGCUACGGAGACUAGACAGGAACAGGAAGAGGUGAGAGCUGGUCACAUUGUUUGGUUGUAUCGUGGGGGCCAAUUGUUGAAAGCCACGCCUCAACAGCUUCGACCCGAUGGUGUGGAUAUGCCUGAGAUGCGGUUGGAUGAAAUCAUGGAGGAGCGUGAUGCAGGCGUAGUGUUCCCGGAGGACGAUUCGUCCUUCUGGAAGGACACAGAUGCUGCAGUGACCCUGUCAUUGGAGCUUCCACGUGUAGAUACUAAGAAAGGCAAAGAGUGGGUUCGCGAUUUGGGAUGCUACUUUGUCAAACAACUUCGAAAGAACGCUGUGGAGGUUUCAGAGAAACGACUGACUGAAGAAGAACGCGCGGCUUUCAAGGGAGCAAAACAGAAGGAGGUGAAGAACUUUGUGGUUGCAAAGGCUUUCCAGAAGCUUCCUGCCCAUCUUCAGCCAAGUAAAGAACAGAUCCUCAAGAUGCGAUGGUUGUUGACCUGGAAGUUAGAUGAGGAAACCAAGGAUACCCCUCCCGUGAAGCGAGAUGCCACAGGAAAUCCUCUUAAGGCCAAGGCACGCGCAGUCGUUCUGGGCUAUAUGGAUCCGGAGUAUGAGCACAGACCAACAAGCAGUCCAACGAUGGCCAGGACUACCAGACAGUUGUUUCUUCAGCAAUGCGCAAACCAUUCCUUUGAAGUUGAGAAGGGUGAUAUAAGUGGGGCUUUUCUUCAAGGGGAUAACUUCGGACCUGAACGGCCUAUGGUGUGCGAGCCCCUUCCGGAGAUCUGUGAAGCUUUGGGUGUACCACCUGGCAGUGCGAUGCUUUUGACAAAGGCUGCGUAUGGUUUGGUUGAGGCUCCCAUUCAAUGGUAUUUGAGUGUUGCCCGGUUUCUGGAGUCCAUUGGUGGCGAACGACAGUUUUCUGAUCCGGCCUGCUGGGGAUUCUUCAGAAAGGACAGGACACCUAUAGGUUGGGUGUGUGGUCACGUGGACGAUUUCCUGUUCGGUGGUGGUUCAAAGGAUCCUGAAUGGCAACGGAUUAAGCAGUUGAUCAAGGAGAGGUUCAAGUGGGGCCAAUGGGAGAGUAAAAAGUUCACUCAGUGUGGUGUUCUUGUGGAGCAGGAUGUGACAGGUUUCUCAUUGAGUCAACCAGAGUAUUUGUCAGGCGUGAAUGAGAUUCAUGUUAGCCGUUCCCGAUGGCAACAACCAAACGACCCCAUCACGGCGUAUGAGUUACAACAACUUCGUAGCGUUCUCGGAGCUUUAUCGUGGCAUGCCAAUCAAGUUGCCCCUCAAUGGUGCGCUCCCGUAGGACUUCUUCUGUCAAAGAUACACACUGGAGUGGUAACCGAUAUCCUGGAAACCAACAAACUUCUUCGCAAGGCCAAGUUGGGACAACAUCAGAAGAUGCGCAUUCACGCGCAGACCGAGGAAUCAAUCCUGGCAUGUUGGGUCGAUGCGGCAGAUGGACACAGACCUGAUGGAGGUUCCACAAAAGGAAUCGUGAUCGGAUGGGCACCGAGGCGGUUGCUAUCCGGAGCCUUGGUUCGCACCAGCCCUAUCUACUGGCAGUCUGCUAAAAUCCAACGAAUGUGUAGGAGUAGCGGGGCCGCCGAAACUCAUGCUGCUGUGGAUGCGGAUGAUGAGCUGUAUGCUGUGAGAUUCCAAACCUUCGAGUUUCAAGGAGGUCAAGUUCCGCUGUGGAAUUGUGAUGAUGCUGUGAAGAGUGUCGAGGGAGUCCUGAUCAGCGACAGUAAGGUGUUGUACGACAGACUUCAACAAACCGUGUUGACUUUGAAGGGAGCUGAGAAGCGAGCCGACAUAGCGUCUCUGUGUUUAAAGGAGAGCAUGGAAUCCACAGGGUUACAUCUGCGCUGGGUGAAUGGGGAUAGCCAAUUGGCAAACUCCUUAACCAAAGACAAUGAGCUUCAUCAGUACUUUGAGUUUCUUCGUAGAGACGGACAGUGGCGCAUCGUGUAUGAUCCCGAGCUCUUAUCUGGCAGAAAGCGCAAGCAGUUAGGCCUUAAUGCUUUACAGACCAAGCUGGCAGAGUGA